UAGCAUUCUAUUCAAUUGGUUUGUUAGAAUCUCUGCACUUUUAGCUCUUUUAUUUUUUUCUCUAAAUUCUCUCUCACUGUCCUUAUCAUUUCACCACCUCCAUAAAUCUAGAAACAUCUUUUCUACUCCGUUAAUCUCUCUAGCACACGGCGGAGGAGUGCGGCGGAGGAGAUGGCGGGAAACGACUGGAUUAACAGUUACUUAGAGGCGAUACUGGAUGUAGGACCAGGGCUAGAUGAUAAGAAAUCAUCGUUGUUGUUGAGAGAAAGAGGGAGGUUUAGUCCGACGAGGUACUUUGUUGAGGAAGUUAUUACUGGAUUCGAUGAGACUGAUUUGCAUCGUUCGUGGAUCCGAGCACAAGCUACUCGGAGUCCGCAGGAGAGGAAUACUAGGCUCGAGAAUAUGUGCUGGAGGAUUUGGAAUUUGGCUCGCCAGAAAAAGCAGCUUGAGGGAGAGCAAGCUCAGUGGAUGGCAAAACGCCGUCAAGAACGUGAGAGAGGUCGCAGAGAAGCAGUUGCUGAUAUGUCAGAGGAUCUAUCUGAGGGAGAGAAAGGAGAUAUAGUCACUGACAUGUCAUCUCAUGGUGAAAGUACCAGAGGCCGAUUGCCUAGAAUCAGUUCUGUUGAGACAAUGGAAGCAUGGGUCAGUCAGCAGAGAGGAAAGAAGCUUUAUAUCGUGCUUAUAAGUUUACAUGGUUUAAUUCGGGGUGAGAAUAUGGAGCUUGGACGGGAUUCUGAUACUGGUGGUCAGGUGAAGUAUGUUGUUGAACUUGCGAGGGCCUUAGGGUCAAUGCCAGGUGUAUAUCGGGUUGACUUGCUUACUAGACAAGUAUCUUCACCAGAAGUAGAUUGGAGCUAUGGUGAGCCGACAGAGAUGCUGACGCCAAUAAGUACAGACGGCUUGAUGACUGAGAUGGGGGAGAGUAGUGGUGCUUAUAUUAUUCGCAUUCCUUUUGGACCAAGAGAGAAAUAUAUUCCAAAAGAACAGCUAUGGCCCUAUAUUCCCGAAUUUGUUGAUGGUGCACUUAACCAUAUUAUUCAAAUGUCCAAAGUUCUUGGUGAGCAAAUUGGUAGUGGCUAUCCUGUGUGGCCUGUUGCCAUACAUGGACAUUAUGCUGAUGCUGGCGACUCAGCUGCUCUCCUGUCGGGUGCUUUAAAUGUACCAAUGCUUUUCACUGGUCACUCGCUUGGUAGAGAUAAGUUGGAGCAACUGUUGCGACAAGGUCGUUUGUCAAAGGAUGAAAUAAACUCAACCUACAAGAUAAUGCGGAGAAUAGAGGCUGAAGAAUUAACUCUUGAUGCUUCCGAAAUUGUCAUCACUAGUACAAGACAGGAGAUUGACGAGCAAUGGCGUUUGUAUGAUGGGUUUGAUCCAAUAUUAGAGCGUAAGUUACGUGCAAGGAUCAAGCGCAAUGUCAGCUGUUAUGGCAGGUUUAUGCCUCGUAUGGCUGUAAUUCCUCCUGGGAUGGAGUUCCACCAUAUUGUGCCACAUGAAGGUGACAUGGAUGGUGAAACAGAAGGAAGUGAAGAUGGAAAGACCCCGGAUCCACCUAUUUGGGCAGAGAUUAUGCGCUUCUUUUCUAAUCCAAGGAAGCCUAUGAUACUCGCACUUGCUAGGCCUGAUCCCAAGAAGAACCUCACUACUUUAGUGAAAGCAUUUGGUGAAUGUCGUCCAUUGAGAGACCUUGCUAAUCUUACUUUGAUAAUGGGUAAUCGAGAUAAUAUCGACGAAAUGUCUAGCACCAAUUCUGCACUUCUUCUUUCAAUCUUGAAGAUGAUAGAUAAGUAUGAUCUUUAUGGUCAAGUAGCUUAUCCUAAACACCACAAGCAGUCAGAUGUUCCUGAUAUCUACCGUCUUGCUGCAAAGACUAAGGGUGUUUUUAUUAAUCCAGCUUUUAUUGAGCCUUUUGGACUGACUUUGAUUGAGGCAGCAGCUUAUGGUCUCCCAAUGGUAGCCACAAAAAAUGGAGGACCUGUUGAUAUACAUAGGGUUCUUGACAAUGGUCUCUUAGUGGAUCCCCAUGAUCAGCAGGCAAUUGCUGAUGCUCUUUUGAAGUUGGUUGCUGAUAAGCAACUGUGGGCUAAAUGCAGGGCAAAUGGAUUAAAAAAUAUCCACCUUUUCUCAUGGCCCGAGCACUGUAAAACUUAUCUAUCCCGGAUAGCUAGCUGCAAACCAAGGCAACCACGCUGGCUGAGAUCCAAUGAUGAUGAUGAUGAAAAUUCAGAAACAGAUUCACCUAGUGAUUCCUUGAGAGAUAUUCAUGAUAUAUCUCUGAAUUUGAGAUUUUCAUUAGAUGGGGAAAAGAAUGAAAAUAAAGAAAAUGCUGAUAAUACAUUAGACCCCGAAGUUCGAAGGAGCAAGUUAGAGAAUGCUGUUUUGUCCUUAUCUAAGGGUGCACUGAAGAGCACAUCAAAAUCUUGGUCGUCAGACAAGGCAGACCAAAACCCUGGUGCUGGUAAAUUCCCAGCGAUUAGGAGGAGGCGACAUAUUUUUGUUAUUGCAGUGGAUUGUGAUGCUAGCUCAGGACUCUCUGGAAGUGUGAAAAAGAUAUUUGAGGCUGUAGAGAAGGAAAGGGCAGAGGGUUCCAUUGGAUUUAUCCUUGCUACAUCUUUCAAUAUAUCAGAAGUACAGUCUUUCCUGCUUUCAGAGGGCAUGAAUCCUACUGAUUUUGAUGCUUACAUAUGCAAUAGUGGUGGUGAUCUUUAUUAUUCGUCCUUCCAUUCUGAGCAAAAUCCUUUUGUAGUUGACUUGUACUAUCACUCACAUAUUGAGUAUCGUUGGGGGGGUGAAGGGUUGAGAAAGACUUUGGUGCGUUGGGCCGCCUCUAUCAUUGAUAAGAAUGGUGAAAAUGGAGAUCACAUUGUUGUUGAGGAUGAAGACAAUUCAGCUGACUACUGCUAUACAUUCAAAGUCUGCAAGCCUGGGACGGUUCCUCCAUCUAAAGAGCUUAGAAAAGUAAUGCGAAUUCAGGCACUUCGUUGUCACGCUGUUUAUUGUCAAAAUGGGAGUAGGAUUAAUGUGAUCCCUGUACUGGCAUCUCGGUCCCAAGCACUCAGGUACUUAUAUCUGCGAUGGGGAAUGGACUUGUCGAAGUUGGUGGUUUUCGUUGGAGAAAGUGGUGAUACCGAUUAUGAAGGAUUGAUCGGUGGUCUACGCAAGGCUGUCAUAAUGAAAGGACUCUGCACUAAUGCAAGCAGCUUAAUUCACGGUAAUAGGAAUUACCCGCUAUCUGAUGUUUUACCAUUCGACAGCCCUAAUGUCAUCCAAGCGGAUGAGGAAUGUAGCAGCACCGGAAUCCGUUCCUUACUGGAGAAACUAGCGGUACUCAAAGGAUAAUACCCUUCCCCCUUUGAUUGUCAAAAACCUAUAUGAGCUAAGAUUAUGCCAUGAAAAGAAUGGCCAUCCAUUUGGCUUGUCUUUUGAAGCUGUUAAUACUUUUCAACAGACUACAAAAUGAGAUGAGUCCUUUGAUCCUCUUUAAAGAACCAGUGCUGUAAAAGUUAUAGAAUUUCUUUUGCUAUGACAUUCGACAGAACCUGUUCCGGUUCAUCGAGAAAAAGAAAUAAAUUUCAACUUAUAAACAUGCCUGAUCAUGUAAAUUAUCAUAUACAUCCAUCUGAAGGCAUUAUCGAUGGGUUAUCAGAUUUUUUGAACUCUGUGGAUCGGCUCAUCUGAUCGUCCGUUAUGUAAAAGAAAGGUCCACUUGACAUUUCAUAUAUAACGGUUUUGGUUUCAUAUAA